UUGGUUUUUGUGUUUCGUGGUUGAGAAAGCGAAAGAGAAAGAAAGAUAUGGUAGGACCGUCGAGACCACAGUUUGUGUUGUUUGGAUCUUCCAUAGUUCAGUAUAGCUAUUAUGAAGGUUGGGGAGCUACUCUUUCUCAUGUCUAUGCUCGUAAGGCUGAUAUAAUCUUGAGAGGAUAUGCUGCUUGGAAUUCAAGGCGUGCUUUGGAGGUUUUGGAUACAAUUUUUCCCAAGGAUGCCAUAGAACAACCAUCACUGGUGAUUGUGUACUUUGGUGGAAAUGAUUCUACUAUACCGAAUCCAAAUGGCAUUGGUCCUCAUGUUCCAUUAGAUGAAUACAAGGAAAAUAUGAGAAAGAUUGCUAUGCAUGUGAAGAACCUUUCUGACAAGACUCGAACAAUAUUUCUUACUACUCCUCCCAUCAAUGAGGCACAAAUCCUUCACAACAUUGUACAGGGGCAAGUAGAGAGGACAAACGAAGCUUGUAGAAUAUAUGCAGAAGCAUGCAUGGAGGUGUGUCGUGAGAUGAAUAUCAAGGGCAUUGAUCUGUGGUCUGCUAUUAAAAAAAUUGAUAACUGGCAAGAUGUUUGCUUCAUUGAUGGAAUUCAUUUGACAAAUGUGGGAAGUAAGAUUGUAUCAAAAGAGAUAUUGGAUGUACUUAAAGAAGCAAAUUGGGAACCCAGUCUUUAUUGGAAGGCAAUUCCAAGUGAAUUUGGAGAAGAUUCACCUUAUGAUGUUGUUGAACCUGAUGGAAAGACAACUUUUAAUAUGUCUAACCUUAUCUUCCCUGACAAUGACCAAUGGGACUAGACUUAAAACACAUGUUGCAAUUCACAGCAUGCUCAGCAAUAGUCACCAAAUCACAGACUUCA